CCUUAUCAUACAGCAUGAUGGAUCCCGCGAGAUUGCGCAUGCGCACUGGAAGCAUCAUGUGUCUGCGAACUUGUGAAGCGUCAACACAGUUCUUUCGUACCUCGGUGGUUAUAUUUAUUUUUCAUAAUACUAUCGACAUAUCAACACCAAGAACUUUAUAUUUUAUUGCCAUUUGAUUUAUCGUUCUUUUGAAGAACGUAUUGGGAGAUUUCCUCCCUUAAGCACUGGGCGUAAGGCCUUUUUUGGUGCUACGCUAGACCAUUCGGAACUAGGUUGCCGUAAUGGCUGAUGAAAGCACAUGUAACCUAGCGUUGGCUAGCGAGAAAGAGAGCUCUAAGAAGAAGGAGCAUUCUUCCAAGUCUUCAGAUGGACAUGCAAGCAGCUCAAAAAGCCAUUCACAUGGCAGUAGCUCUCAUAAAAGCAGCAAAAGCAGCGAAAAAGCUAUGGAAAAGACUUUAAAGUCUAUUCAAGACCAACUGAAAACCAUCACAGCAGGCCUUGCCCAUGUGACUCCCAUCGUCACCGAGCUCAAAUCUGCGUAUGAUAAUGCCCUGGCGGAGCAGGAGUAUGAUUUUUACGAGGCAGAGAAUAGAUCAUUCGAGCUCAGUGAUGGAGAGAUUGAGGAAAAUCAGAUUUCAGACGAACCUCCAUGCAAGCUUUCUAAAAUGGUAGCCGGGCACACGUCGCAUAUUAACACUCAAGAUGGCGGCGGUGCAGAGUGCAUUGACAGCUCACAGUUUGACAGUUUAGCAAAACUCGCCAACAAACCUGAACCGGACGGACCGGAAAUAAAUGCCAAACUUGCAAAAGGAGUAACAGAUCUGCUACAGCUUGGUAUGAACCAAAAUCACAGGGCCACUAAGAUGGAAAGCAUCAAAAAACCUUCAAACUGCAGCAGGCUGGAUGUGGUCAGAGUCAACCCUGGCCUGUUCCAAACGUUCUCCAAAGAAACUAAAACGGAGGAUAUUAUGUUACAAAAAGUCCAAAAGCCCCUGUUAAAGGGUUUAACACAUAUUGUAAGGCUGAAAAACGAUAUCCAUAAACUGGAGAAAACGCAAAUUGCUGACAUUCUGGAUGACGCUAUUGCAUUAAUAGCAGAUGGAUCACAUGAGCUAGACUUGAGACGGAGAGCCUUGCUUAAGCCAGGAUUAAAACCACAAUUUAAGUCUCUGGCAAGUGAAACGCAGCCUGUCACUGAUCUACUCUUUGGAGAAGAUUUAGAAAAGACUGUGGAAGAAUUGAGUAAGUCCCACAAAGUGUCAGCCACAGUAACUGUUAAUACAAGUAACAACAGGAAAAGAAAGCACUUUAGCCAGUAUAAUACUCAUCAAGAAUACUCAAAACACAAGAGGUUUCCUUUUUUAGGACAUUCUCAAGGAAACAGUGCCAAAGGAACAACCCUCAGCAGUUACAGAGGCCGGCCGAUGAAUGUGGCACACAGCAAACAAAAAUUUCACCAGGGCUCUCAGCCGAAAGGCCAAAAGAGCUAUCCCUCUUUCACUCACUGAGUGACAGUGAACAGUCUGCUGGGGAGAGUCCUGAGGAAGCUGCAGGAAGACCAUGCCCGAGCCAUCGUGAUAGUGCCACAGUGGCCAACACAGACCUGGUA